AUGGCCGAGAAUAUGCAAUUUGGCGACCGUACACUCUUUCUCCCCGACCUGCAGCAGCAACGACACCGCUUCCUCUCAAGAAGAGCAGCGCAAACCUACCGCUGUGCCGACCUCGCCUGGUUUGAAAUCCGGCACCUGCAGAAGACAUUUGGACUCACGGAUGUUUUGAUCCUCCAGGAAUUCGAUGAUGACUCUUGUGUCAUCUCUUCGCAUCAAGGAGUGGCUAGGAUGAUGACGUUUGAUGCGACUCGGGCGGAGCUUGUGGCCCUGGGGAAGGAUGAGGAGGGUUGUUUGGUUAACGUGCAGAGGAGGGGAGCUGUUAAUGAGGUGAAGAAACCGGUGUAA